GAAGCCUUGACCCCUCUUCCUAUCUUGGGGUCUGCUGCUGCAGCCCUGGCAGGGGCUGACUUCAAGAGACCCCACACCCUACACACACUUCUGCCUCCUUGUCAGCCCCUUCAAGUAGGCCUGGGGGGCGACGAGGGGCUCCCAAUGAGGCUACGCUUUGUCCAGUAGCUUACCUGCUGUGCUCAUAGUUGCUCCUCCAAAGAAAGGGCUAGGGCAGUCUGCAGAUGGACCAGCUGGGCAGAGGCUCUGUCAGAUGUCCAGGCUGUGUGAUCCACUUGUCAAGUCUCUAGCCUGCCUUCCUGCUGGAUGCUCACUCCCUACCUGCUCCUGACAGCCUUUCCCCUCCACCCAGAUGUGGCUGCUAUACUCAGUGCCCCUGGGCAUCAAGAGACAGCCACCAGCAGGACAAGCAGAUACUAGGUGUGUGAGGAGCUGAGUGUAUUCAAAUGCUCUGGCCUCUCUCCCUGGGAGGCACCCAUGUCAGGGGUGAGUUACCUGCCACCCCUCCCUUGGAACAGACACCUCCAUUCCCAGUUAGGAGGCUGGCCUGCCCCUGCCUGCUUUAGCUGUGAUGGGGCUAGGGUCUACUUGAGGACUAGAUCCUGGCUCACACUGGCUGGUGGAGGGAGGGGCUCCCUGGGAGCAGCCAGGCUCCUUCCCAGUCAGCUGAGUGACUGCUACUACAUUCCUGUAUGUUCCAUGUGCCUCCUGUCAGCUUAGCAUUUAGACCUUUUUGUCCAUGUCUCAGUUGUUCCCAGAGACAAGGACUUGGCCCUAACGGCAUAUUCACCCCAGCCCAUGACCCCCUGUCCGCAGUCCUUGACCUCGUUUAGUCCGUGGCUUUCAGGAAGCUUGCUGGCCCCAUGUGCACCGGGGCAUGCCCUGCUGCAUGAGAGCAGGGCCAUAAGGGUCAGAACCCCGCCCACAAAAGCCCAAGGUUGGGAGGUUCUGGCUUCCACGGGGGUCAGGGUCCUUGACCUUUCUGAGGCCCUCACUGACCUGAGUUCUCAGCUCUGGGGCACAGUAAGGUGGGGGCCAAUAGGGCCUAGUGGUCAGUUUCCUAACCCUGUCCCGUUUCUUCAGCCACCAGAGACCACAGGGCCUGAGCUCACAGAUGCCCACAUGACAUGGCUGAAUUUUGUCCGGAGGCCAGAUGAUGGGGCCUCUAGGAAACGGUGUCGAGGCCGAGACAAGAAGUUGCGAGGCCUGUCAGGGCCCCCUGGACCCCCUGGGCCCCCUGGGCCUCCUGGGCCUCCUGGACCUCCUGGCGCAGAAGUCACCCCAGAGGCCCUACUGCGGGAAUUUCAGGAAAUGCUGAAAGAGGCCGCAGAGCAUCGGUUCUCAGGGCUGCCUGGCACAUUGCUGUCCCAGGGGUCCAGCCAGUGGCUGAUGGCUGAGGCCUUCCAUUGCUGGCUGAAGGGCCCCACUCUGGUGGAUAAGAAGACCCUGGUGGAACUGCAGGGAUUCCAGGCUCCCACUGCCCAGGGAGCCUUCCUGCGAGGGUCUGGCCUGAACCUGGCUUCCGGCCGAUUCACAGCCCCGGUCUCUGCCAUCUUCCAGUUUUCUGCCAGCCUGCACGUGGAUCACAGUGAGCUGCAGAGCAGGGGCCGGCUGCGGGCCCGGGACACUGUGCGUGUCCUCAUCUGUAUUCAAUCACUGUGCCAUCGCCAUGCGUCCCUGGAGGCUGUCUCAGGCCUAGAGAGUAACAGCAGGGUCUUCACUGCACAGGUCCAGGGGCUACUACAGCUGCAGGCUGGACAGUAUACUUCUGUGUUUGUGGACAAUGGCUCUGGGGCCAUCCUCACUAUCCAGAGUGGCUCCAGCUUCUCCGGGAUGCUCCUGGGCACAUGAGAAAGCAAAGAUGGAAGACACACCGUGUUGCCUCAGAGAGGGGUGACUAGGACCCCUAGGUGAUACCUGUUGUUACUGCAAUAAAGAGUCCUCGGCCAUUCCCAUU